AUGUUCUGCACGCGUCCAUCCGCGCGCGAGCACGACAUCGACGUCGACGAGGGCGCGACGCACCUGGUUGUGGCGGAGGGACAGGUAGAAGAGGAGACGGCAAAGCGCGUCGCGCGCGAGUCUGAGAAGCAGCACACGCGCGAGUCGUCGACGGUCACCACAGGUCAGGGGGCCCGUGUUUCCGCGCUCGUCGCAUUACUUGACGGCGAGACGACAGUGAACGCGUCCCCAGCAGCGACGCUCGACGCGGAUGUCGACAUUAUAGUGCCCCCGACGCCGUCACGUCUCCUACCGGUCUCUGAGACGGAUGGACUGACCUCGGGCGCGGUACAACCACCUGGCUCGACUGGGCAUGACAUCUCUGUAGAGCAACGCACUCACACAAGCGACUCGGCCGAAGAGUCGGACGGGUCCUUCACUGAAGAAGAUGCACUGAAGGAUUUGCUUCGUGUGGAUGCUGAGGCGGAAGAGCAGAUGCUGAUCCGGAAAGGCGGUAUGGGCAUUCCUAUGGGUCCAGAUGGCAAUCCACGACCACUUCUUCCGCCAAUUGCGCCUCAACAUCAGGGUCGUAAAUGCCUUGUCCUAGAUCUUGACGAGACUUUAGUGCACAGUAGCCUCAGACCUGUGCCUUCUCCAGACUACGUCGUCCCAGUCGAGAUCGAGGCGUACUGGCACAACUUUUACGUCCUCAAACGACCAGGUGUGGACAGCUUUCUCAAGAGGAUGGGCGAGAUCUACGAGGUCGUCGUGUUCACCGCGAGCCUAAGCAAGUAUGCCGAUCCGGUGCUCGACAGACUUGACCCAGAUCGCGCCGUUGCACACCGACUGUUCCGCGAAAGUUGCUACAACCAUCGUGGGAACUACGUCAAGGACCUGUCGCAACUUGGUCGCCCGAUCGCAGAAACGAUCAUUAUCGACAACUCGCCCGCGUCAUACAUCUUCCACCCCCACAACGCUGUACCAAUAUCGUCGUGGUUCAACGACCAGCACGACACUGAGCUCACCGAUCUGUUCCCCUUCCUCGCAGAUCUCGGGUCGGCUUCUGGCGAUGUGCGCGGGAUUCUGAACGUCUCACUAGACUCAGUCUCAUGA